AGAGUCCGCGGCGCUGGAUGGAGGAGGAUAGCAGUCCGAGAGAGACUGGCUGUGAUUAACCGGGGCAGUGUUACGCCACGCGUUUUAGAUUUAAAAAAAUAUUACCGACUCAUUGGAAGUGGUCGGAUUUUCUUUCGUAGGAAACGUUUGGGAUUUCAGUGAAUUAUCUUUAAUAAUGGCAGCAUUGUAGCGAGUGUGAAACUUAUUUGGAGUUAGGAAGAAUAGCGCGCCCAAGGACACAGGAGGAGAACUUAGGACGUUUUCAAGGCAUCGGCCUGAAGAUGAGAUGACCCGGCAUAAACACCUACAGGUCUGAUGUGCUGCACAUUAUGAACACUGAGCUCUGAAAUGCAUGUGUAAUUUUUUUUUUGGAUUUUUAAACAAAAGGACACCUUUCAUUUCCAGCCGCACUGAAGUGGUCCUCUGUGUUUUUUCAUCAAAAUCUUGACGCGGUUAAAAAUCCACCCCUUGCUGCGCCGCGGACACGGGCGAUUGUGUUACAUGCAGUUCUGCACAUUCUGAAAGUUUCGGGGACCCAGCGCCGGGUCUCGGGCGCGUGCGGCUGGCGCGCGUGCAUCUGUGUGGUUUUGAGCGCGCGGAGGUUCAACUCCUUCAAAGAAAGUAGCGCGUCAAGGACACUUGGAAGAAAGAUCAUUUAAGGAAGGAAACGGGGUGGGAUUGAGAGACACGGCAGACAGUCCUUGCACAGUGGAACUCGCGUUUCAUCUGACUUGGACCCACCAUGGCACUGUCUAGGACUGGAGCUUUUUGGGUUCUGCUGAUGGCGCUCUGCCUGCUUAAGCUAAGCCUGGGGCAGUAUCAUGGAGAAAAGGGCAUCUCUAUCCCCGAGCACGGCUUCUGCCAGCCCAUCUCCAUCCCGCUGUGCACAGACAUCGCCUACAACCAGACCAUCAUGCCCAACCUGCUGGGUCACACGAACCAGGAGGAUGCAGGGCUCGAGGUGCACCAGUUCUACCCCCUGGUAAAGGUGCAGUGCUCCACCGACCUCAAGUUUUUCCUGUGCUCCAUGUACGCACCCGUGUGCACCGUGCUGGAGCAGGCAAUCCCGCCCUGCAGGUCUCUGUGCGAACGGGCCAGGCAAGGCUGCGAGGCGCUUAUGAACAAGUUUGGGUUCCAGUGGCCCGAGAGGCUUCGCUGCGAAAACUUCCCAGUGCACGGCGCAGGAGAGAUCUGCGUGGGCCAGAACACCUCGGACACAGGCAGCCCCACUUCGUACCCCACGCCUUACGUCCCUGAACUCAUAACCUUGCCUCCCAACAUGGGCCGACCCAGCCAGACCUUCACCUGUCCCCUCCAGCUGGAGGUGCCCACCUACCUCAAUUACUACUUCUUGGGCGUGAAGGACUGCGGGGCCCCAUGUGAGCCCACCAAACCCAACGGAUUGAUGUAUUUUCGAGAGGAGGAGGUGAAGUUCGGCCGACUCUGGGUGGGGAUCUGGUCCAUCCUCUGCUGUUUGAGCACCCUGUUCACAGUCCUUACCUACCUGAUUGACAUGCGGCGGUUCCGAUACCCAGAGCGGCCCAUCAUCUUCCUCUCUGGCUGCUAUUUCAUGGUGGCGGUGGCAUAUGCAGCAGGCUUCUUCCUGGAGGACAAGGUGGUCUGCAUUGAUAAGUUCAAAGAGGAUGGCUACAGGACAGUGGCACAGGGCACCAAGAAGGAAGGGUGCACCAUCUUGUUCAUGAUUCUCUACUUCUUUGGCAUGGCCAGCUCCAUCUGGUGGGUCAUCCUGUCCCUCACAUGGUUCCUCUCAGCAGGGAUGAAGUGGGGUCAUGAAGCCAUCGAGGCCAACUCGCAGUACUUUCACUUGGCAGCAUGGGCAGUGCCGGCUGUGAAGACCAUAACCAUCCUGGCCAUGGGGCAGGUGGAUGGCGACCUUCUCACAGGCGUGUGCUACGUGGGCAUCUACAGUGUGGACUCGUUGCGUGGAUUUGUCCUCGCCCCUCUCUUUGUUUACCUCUUCAUCGGCACCUCUUUCCUCCUGGCGGGCUUUGUGUCUCUGUUCCGCAUCCGCACCAUCAUGAAGCACGACGGCACCAAGACGGAGAAGCUGGAGAAGUUGAUGGUGCGCAUUGGCGUGUUCAGCGUGCUUUACACAGUGCCAGCCACCAUCGUGAUUGCGUGCUACUUCUACGAACAGGCGUUCCGAGAGCAGUGGGAGAAGACGUGGCACAUGCACACGUGCAAGCGCUUUGCCGUGCCCUGCCCCGCCGGCAACUUUGCCCCCAUGACCCCGGACUUCACCGUGUUCAUGAUCAAGUACCUAAUGACCAUGAUCGUGGGAAUCACCUCUGGGUUCUGGAUUUGGUCUGGGAAAACGCUGCAGUCCUGGCGCAGGUUCUACAAGAGGCUCAGUAAUAGCAACCAAGGGGAGACCACCGUGUGAACAUCUCACUAGAGAGCAGAGGAGAUGGAGAUGGGCUUAAAGGGAGUACAUCUGUGCUUUACGAACUAACUGAGCUGGAAGGCUUGAGUUGGAGGGCAUUGCUUUCCUUCUCAAUCUUUAAUCAGGUUAAUUAUACUCCAGAACGUUUUCCAUACCUUUCACAGCCUCCCUUUCAGCGUUAGAAAGGCUCAUGUGAGUGCAAACAGCACCUGGAGCAAACCUGCUCUGGUAAUUUUGAGUUUUUUCAUUAUUGUCAUUUGUAAAGACAGAAUUGUGAAGCCUUGAACAUUCUUUUCUUUGGUGAAGUGUGUCAGAGCAUUGGCUAAAACAGGCCACCAGAGUAACACUUGUUGCUGCUAGAGUAUUAAAAUGGUCGAUAAAAAUCUUUGCAGCUUUUUUCUGUCAUGUCUGUCGACUCGUUUUCCAGGUGAGAACCAGCAUUUCUCAGUGUUUCUGGAAAAUAACGUGCUGCUCCAGGGUUGCAUUUUCUCCGUUCUUUCUGUCUGGUGUCCAGCCAAAGGAAAUAUUAAUGUGUUAAGUGAGAUUUGUUUCCAUUAUUUUCUCAUGUAAUGGAAUGUUUUUUUUUUUAUACCUUCUGUUUAUUUCAAACACAGAUCCCCAUUUGUAGUUCCUAAAUAAUGUUCUUCUGUUUGUGCAGUUGAAAAAAACUAUGAUUUUGUACACAGGAAUUCUGUCUUAUCACUCAUUUAGAUUGAUUCUGAUUCAUUGACGUUAUCCGCCCGUAGACAAUCAUUAUUCUUCUGUUCCAGAAGAAUGUCCAGAUUUCCAUUCCCAUUUUACGUAACAAUUAUACAUGUGUACAGAUGUAAAAUUAUGCAAGCUUCCGCAGUAUACACAUUCUGUAAAUAGUCUUCACUUUUUUAAAAGAAUAUAUGUAUUUAUAAAAAAU